AUGGAAAGUGGGGAAGUGAAAAAUGGGGAAGUGAAAAAUGGGGAAGUGAAAAAUGGGGAAGUGAAAAAUGGGGAAGUGAAAAAUGGGCAAGUGAAAAAUGGGGAAGUGGAAAGUGGGGAAGUGAAAAGUGGGGAAGUGAAAAGUGGGGAAGUGAAAAGUGGGGAAGUGAAAAGUGGGGAAGUGAAAAGUGGGGAAGUGAAAAAUGGGCAAGUGGUUGAGGAAGUGAAAAAUGGGCAAGUGGUUGAGGAAGUGAAAAAUGGGCAAGUGGUUGAGGAAGUGGGUGAGGAAGUGGGUGAGGAAGUGGUUGAGGAAGUGGGUGAAGUGAACGAGAAAGUGAAAAAUGGGGAAGUGGGUAACGAUGAGAGUGAUGUGAGUGACGAUGUGAGUAAGGAUCCGAGUGUGGAAGAUUCGAGUGAUGAGGAAAUGAGUGAGGAUGAAGUGAGUGAGGAUGAAAGCCAUUUGGUUGGGAAUGUAAAUGUAAAUGAUAUAAUUGAAAUAAUUUCAGACAAUGAACCUGAAACAUUAACAAAAAUAUUUAAUGUGAUGGCAGAAAAUAGGUGCUUAAAAUAUUAUCCAUUAAUUACCCCAUAUCACAAUAUUGAAAAAUUAAUAGAUAUAUUGUUAGAUGUAAAUUAUGAAUAUGAGAAUACAUGGUGUGUACAUUAUCAUGCUAAAUUUAUUUGUAAAUUAUUUUACGAGGGUUUAAUACCAGUUGCUAACAAACAAAAGAUUCGUUAUAUGAAAGAUUUAAAAAUUAGAAUGUAUAGAGAAUAUUUAUUAAUACCAAAAAUUCAUUUUAUUCGAUCUUGUAUGCAUCCAAGUGAAAUACAUAUAUCAAAAAAAGUUAAAAAAAAAUGUAAACAAUUUUAUAUUACUAUAAAUAAAGAUUUUGAUGGAGUAGUUAAUGGUAUUAUAGAAAAACAUGGACAAAAUUGGCUAUACCCUUUUAUACAAAAAGAAUUUAAGAAAAUAUUUGAAAAAAAAGUUAAAUAUAAAAAUGUUCAAAUGCAUUCUAUUGAGUUAUGGCAUGAAAAUGAAUUGGUUGCUGGAGAAUUAGGAAAUACAGUUGGUUCUGUUUAUACAAGCUUAACUGGGUUUCAAAGAAAAAAUUCAGCAGGAACAAUACAAUUAUGUGCUUUAGCAAAAUUAUUAGAAUUUCAAAAUUUUCAAUUAUGGGACCUAGGAAUGUUAUUACCUUAUAAAAAGGAAAUUGGAUCUAAAGAAAUUCCAAUGAAAGAAUUUUUUGAUAAACAUAGAAAAUUCAAAUAUAUAGAUGCAGAAUUUAAAGUUCCAUUUAUGGAUAAACUUAAUUGUGCAGUAUUAAUACGAGGUAUCGACCCGUCUGACCCUACUAUACAAUUAACCCAACCCAAUCCCACAUAA